CUAAAAGAGAAGCAGUGUCUCCUUGCGCACCUUUUCCUACCUUCUGUGCUGCUUCAUGCUUUUCGCUUAGGUUUCAUUUCCAUUUCGCUGUAAUUCUUCUUCUAGAAGCAAUAUGCCUUCGGCUCUCCAGCUGUUCCUAGCUGGUACGGCCUUCUUCGCCUCAGCAUUUGCUGCUCCAGCGCCAGUUCCUCGAGGCGACGACACGAACGGUGCAACAUAUAAUAACACUGGCAACGGACCUAUCAGUGACUCCGAAGCACAACAACACUACCCUUCUACACAGCCUCACGGCGGUCCAGGCGCAAGUCACUACUCUUCAGCAGCAUGGAUUCCACACGGCCAGGACUUGAAGCCAUCUCUUUCACAACAACAGACAAAUGGUAAUAGUAAUUGGGGAACAUUUGGAGCACCGAAGCUUCCACCUUUUCUUUCUGGAGGACCAAUGCCAGGUGGAUUCCCAUGGGGAGGACGAACAGCGAAAGGUACAAAUCAAUACACCGAUAUGCCUAACACUGGUGUGACGAGACAUUAUGACUUCACGAUCAGCGCUAUGACGAUCGCACCAGACGGUGUGGAGAAGCACGGAGCAGUGGUCAAUGGUCAAUUCCCAGGCCCGAAGAUCGAGGCAAAUUGGGGAGACUGGAUCGAGGUGACUGUACACAACGCGCUCAACGAAGGCACAGCUUUGCACUGGCAUGGUCUGCUUCAGAAGGAGACUCAAUGGAUGGAUGGCGUUCCAGGCGUCGACCAAUGCCCUAUUGCUCCAGGCUCAACUUUCACAUACCGUUUCCGCGCGGAUCUUUAUGGCACAACUUGGUACCAUUCCCACUACUCUGCCCAAUUAGCCGCCGGAAUUUUCGGUCCACUCGUCAUCUACGGACCACACGACAACAUCAAGUAUGACGAGGAUCUUGGUCCGGUUAUGGUCAAUGAUUGGUUCCACCAAGACUGGUUCAGCCUCGUGGAAACAGUCAUGGCUCCAGCAUCGCAGAACCUCUUCCCACCGCUUUCCAACAAUGUUCUCAUCAACGGAAAGAUGAACUACCCCUGCCAGAACGCCACCGCAGGCACAAAGUGCACGCCCAACGCCGGUGUCUCCAAGUUCAAGUUCCAGUCUGGCAAGACCUAUCGCCUCCGAUUGAUCAACGCUGGAGCUGAGGGCUUGCAAAAGUUCUCGAUCGACAACCACCAAAUGACUGUCUUCGCCAACGACUUCGUCCCAAUCGUUCCAUACACCACCAACGUCGUCACUCUAGGUGUCGGCCAGCGCAGCGACGUGAUCGUCAAAGCCACCGGCAAGCCAACAGACGCCGUCUGGAUGCGAGCAGACCUCGGACCAGGUUUUCGCGAAGGUGGCUGCUCUCUUCCCGACGGUAUCUCCUCACAAGGUGUCGCAGCAAUCUACUACGAAAAUGCAAACCAAACAGCAGUCCCAACAACAUCAUCGACCGUUCCAACUUCCGUUCUCACAACAUGCAACAACGACCCUCUCAGCUCAACCGUCCCAUACUACAGCAUCGCACCUCAAACUCCCGACCUCGUCCAAGAAGUCGCCAUCACUUUCCAAUCCAACGGCACCCACAACCUCUUCUACAUGAACAACUCCACUUUCCGCGCCAACUACAAUGACCCCGUCCUCCUCGACGCAAAACUCGGCCACAAAACGUUUCCAGCGGAAUACAACGUCUACAACCUCGGAAACGCGAAGAACAUCCGUCUCAUCAUCUACAACCACGCACAAACCGGCUCUCACCCAAUGCACUUACACGGCCACAAUUACCACGUGUUAGCAGAAGGGUUCGGGACGUGGGAUGGCUCCAUCGUGAAUGCUGGAAACCCUCAACGCCGUGAUGUCCAACUUCUUCAGAAUGCUCCGUCGCCGGAUAACCCAGCUUAUAUUGUGAUUCAGUACGAGGCUGAUAAUCCUGGUACUUGGCCGUUGCAUUGCCAUAUUGCGUGGCAUGUGUCCGGUGGACUUUACAUUAAUCUUUUGGAGCGACCUGAUGAGAUCAAGAAACAAAUGCAGAUUCCUGGGAUUAUGGCGCAGACUUGUAGGGAUUGGUCAGCGUGGAGUGGACAUAAUGUUGUAGAGGAGAUUGAUUCGGGGCUGUAG